AGAGCCUUAUCUAGACAGCAUACAGACAAGUUCAUAACUAUAAAUUCGUUAGCAUCUGUGGAAUCACCAAUUUCUUACUCAUUCUAUGAUUCGGGGGAAAUUAUCGCUCAUCGUCAACUUCGCCGAGGAUCUCAUUUUUGUGGGAAAGUAAUUGUACGUAUCUCAAUCUUCGAUAUCGUCUUUGUCGUCAUUGAUGCCUGCCCGAGUAACAUAGUGAUUUAUAUUGGAAAUAAACUUUUCAAGCAUCUUGAUCUGGAACCAUCUAUCGUCACCUAAUGGGCACCUAAUUUCUUUGGAAAUACGUGAAGACUCGUGACAAGGCUCCUUCGUUCUAGCCUCUUGGAAAUUUUCUCACUCAUGAUCAACUUCUGUUUGUAAAUAAUACUGCGUUGUUGAAAUUAAAAAAGGGAUCCGAUAAUCAUAUUCAACACUGACUGCCAUAAUUUCUUACUGAACGUCCGACUUUGGAGGAUUGCGCUUAGAUGAUCCGACUUUCUCGUAAUGCAUGCAUUAUUAAUGAGGAGGUGCGUGGCCGUUUGCGGAUUUUCCCCCUCUGGGGUAGGGGCAGGCCAAUACAUAAAAUAGUCAAAAACACAUGUGAGCGACGGAAGAAAGCGAUCGAGCUUAAUAGCAUCGAAGACAUAACUUUGCAUUAAAGUUGAAGAUGAGGUUAUGGAACAUCAUGGCAGAGCAGCACGCCAACCGGUGCCAAACAUACGAAGUACACCAAGUUUUAUUAUCUUCUUGGACACACCGCUUGGACAAGGAGCUACAAGCAAAGUAUAUGGAGGAAGACACAAGAAAUCUGGAAAACGGGUAGCAUGUAAAGUGCCGCACACACCGAACUUAUUCAGAAUGGGAACAGACAUGGAGAGGGAAUCGCAGCUAUUGCUUGGACUACGCAACAAGAACAUCGUCUGUCUUGAGGCUAUAGAAAAAGAUCUGCUGGCAUCAAGUACCUGCGUGACAAUGGUGUGGCUCAUCGCGAUGUGAAGCCCGGGAACAUCAUGUGCUUCAAGGAUGAGCAUGGUCAAACCAUCUACAAGCUCGCAGACUUUGGUGCUGCACGACAGCUUACGGACGAUGAGAACUUCACCAGUCUCCAUGGCACCGAAGAAUAUUUACAUCCCAAUGUCUUUGAAAGAGCAGUACUGAAGAAACCAGCAGCGUUGCCCUUCGAUGCUCGGAUCGAUCUCUGGAGCAUAGGAGCCACGCUCUAUCAUCUGGCUACCGGUCAGUUGCCCUUCAGACCACAAGGAGGACGGAAAAACUCACGCAUGAUGUUUUAUCUGACCACCAAGAAAGCCGAAGGGGUCAUCAGCGGAGUGCAGACUGGUCCUGGCGACCACGAGAUCACCUGGAGUCGGGAACUGCCAGAGACUUGCCGUCUCUCUGGAGGCCUGAGGAAGUUGCUUACACCCCUGCUGGCUGGCCUGCUGGAGUGUAAUCCCACCAAGGUAUUUUCCUUCCAACGGUUCUUUGAAGAAUCUCAGAGAAUCACCAACAAGACGGUCAUUGACAUAUUCUGGGUCUGUGAGGCAUCCUUCCUGAAGAUCUACUGUAGUCCCACUGACAUGUUUGCUGAGUUUCAAGAGCACAUAGCAUCGCAAACCAAACUCCCAGCCACCAAACAGUCCAUCUUGUAUAACGGUGAUGCCUUCAAACCGGAUGGAACUUCCCCCGUCCAUAGGUAUCCCAUCACCUCCGAAGCCAACCCCAUCGUGCUGUCCAAUAAGGAGCAGAUCCAUAUCCCCCAUCAGAUCACUCCUCCUUUUGUCGCUACCAUGCCUGUUCUUCGACCUAGAUUUUCUACACAGCUUGAUUACCCAAUAGCCAAGGGGGCUUUGGCCACGGGACACAUCCUUCAGCUACGACAGAAGCUGAUACACAACAUGCAUCAGCUGUUUGAUUUGUACUUUGUAACAAUUCGUACUCGGUUGAAGAAAGACAUUCUGAGUUUGCAAGUUCAUCACAAGGGCAUUAAAGGGAAACUCUCUGUCAUGUCAAGGGAGUUACAAGACGGAAGACGUAUUGUUCGCCUCAUGGGGAAUGCUCAGGAAAGCCAUACCGGUGACAUCACCCACAGGCUUGAACGUAAACUUGAAGAAUGCAUUCAUGAGCACAUGCAGUAUGAGCUACAGAGCAAGGAGAUUGGUGAAAUACUUGAAUAUCUCCACGUAGAGGUACAUUUCAGUGAUGAGCUUGAUGUGACUUGGGACCCCGCCCAGGGAUGCAAUCUUCAACAUGAAAAGUGUAUUGACGAGCUUUUGCAUUUGACCAAUGAAACUGAAGAUAUCUACAAGAGAUUCACCAGGGACAAGAAGACUGGAAAGAUCUCCUACAAUGAGGAACAAAUUCACAAGAUGGAAAAAUUGAAUCUUGGUGAACUGAUGAAGAAGAUCAUGGCUUGUAAUGGACAGUGCGAAGAAAGGUGGAGAGCGCAGCACAGAAAACUCAUGGUUUGCCACAACAAAGCCUACAGUCAACGUCAAAAGCUGAUGGAGGCAGACAAGUGUUUGGCCCCGCUCGUUCAGCAGUGUAACGUCCUAGAACUUACUGUCAGUGAUCUUCAUGCCCAGUGCUGGCAGAUAGUGGAAGCCAAACCGACGAUCCGUGAUGUAAAGGGCCAUCGCGUUUACGAAGCUCCUAAAGAGAUUCUUCUCAGUGCCAGCACCCAGACCUCUCUCCCGAAAGAAGAGACACCGUCCCAGCGCACCAGUCUCUUGAUCGAUCACCACUAUGACCAACUGACCAAGGGUGGCAAGCCCCUUGUCAUGGGUAGAUCAAGCAAUGUCAUCCAAAAGACACCCUAUACAGCAGCGAUUGAUCGAUCAUCGUAUCAGCACCCAGAGCCUUACCAAACGGCAACCGCUUUAUCGGCACCCACUUGCGGAACGAGCCACUUUCGGUUUGAUGCCCCUUCUGGUUUGGCGCGAUCGUCUCCGCCUGUUCUGGUGGCCCGAGGCAUUUCAAGAAGUGCUCCGGAUCCUCCCACUGAGUUAUACGCAGGGGAUCCAUCACGAGGAGCUAUCGGAGGAAUCCAGGAUAUGAGGUAUCCUGCAGGAGAUUAUCGGAAAGCAGGAGAACCCAGGAUGAUCGAAGUCUCCAAGGAAUUGAAGAAGAGGGUCAGAGAUUACACAAAGGAGUCUAAUGAUACCGAUCGGCUACAGAGGGACCUUGCUCGAUUCACUCAGCUAGAACUGGAUGAUCUGUCCUUAGGGGCACCACCUGAGAUGCCUCCUCAGUUCACCGAAGAUUCCAGUCUUCUUUAUACCUUAACAGGAGGAAUGGAUGAAGGGGAUGAAAGCAUCUUGGCAGAUUUAGACAUCAAACGUCCUCCCGCAUCCUAUCUGUCUGGCACCGAGUGAGAAACGCUUGCAAAUCUGUUCCGGGAGAUCUGCACUGCACACCACGCACAGCGGGCGUAGUUUAGGAUUUGCGAGUGAUAUCUUUUACUCAUGGGAGUAAAAUGUUGAUCGUGUGUUAAAAUUUAGAAAAUUUAAUAUCUAAAUAAUUUCACUCGCAGACCACUAGGGGGGCAUAAAAAACGCUACGCCCUCUAGAUGGGCAUUAAAAAGCCCAUGACACCGACGACCAAGGACUGGGCCAAAUUGGAAGGGUGUGUUGGGGGAAAAACAUGCACAUAUUUGGUGUUGCUUUGCUAUUAGAGUGCAUAGACUGGACAGAUUUUCCUGAAAAGGUAUCAUGCUCCAGAGAAGAAGUGUUUUACAUGAGAGAAAACAAGGAUGGAUGAGCAGUGAAUUAAAAUCGGCCUAAUCGGCCUGAAUAUUCACCAGAGGGUUUACCAGAAGGGGGUACAAAACCAUACACUAUGCAGAUUUUGUGAAUACAUGCACCUGAUUUUGCACCCGUAGCAAAAAGUGCACAUGUAUUUGCCGAGCUUUCUUAAUGUAUGCACUGAAUUAUAUAUGAAAUCUGGAUAGUCUAUGGUUUCCUGACCCUUUCGGUUCCAAACUCUUUUGUGAAUUCAGGCCGUUGAUUUUGUAGAUUUGAUGUCUCUUGGCUAGUAAACAAUAUUUUGUAUAAGUUUCUUGUUGUUGCUGCUGAAUGAUACAACAAGGUUUUUGGCAGGUAUUAGUAGUAUAGGCAAAAUCGCAACACCAAAAAAGUAUGUUUGCCCAGUAAUGAAGAUCUUGGGCAAAAAUCAAAGAUCUUUGAAGUCAAAGUCAAAAUCACGGUAAUGCACAGGAGCAUUACUCUACAAAUAAAUUUUGGUGUAGCAGCGAAUCACUACAGAUAUACACAAGAUGUAGCGCAUGAGAAUUCAUUAUUUGUCAUUAUACGUUACCAAUUUUUGCGAUGACAAUGUUUGUGCGAAGUCAUUCUUGCGCGAGGCUUGAUGGAAAAUCAGAUGCAUGUCUGUGAAGGUGAUUUGAUUUGCUGCAUUGGGGUGCCUGGCCAACGAGCUCCCCGUGCUGCACCCUGGAUAUAAACACCGUUCCAUUCUCAUCCUAGUGCGUGUAUGGUUCUAAGUAAGGUGUAGGUGUUGGCGUUAAAUGUUGAAAUAAUGGAUAAUAUUCAACACCAUCCACCAUCUGUUGACAUUAACACCAGAAGUACCUCAUGAUCCAGUAUGACCUACACCAAAACUAGCUUUGCUUUAAGUUUGGUGUUGUAACAGGUGUUUGUGCUGCCCUAACACCAACACCAGCUUUUGACACCAGACUAUACAGGAAAGAAUAUAAGCAAUCAGUGAAAUCAGCCACAUCAAUUACUUGGCUUUAUCGCACGGUGCCCAGAAAUGCAAUGUUGGUAAAACCUUCAUUGUUCAUUUGUUGGUAGAAGUUCAAAAAUUAUCAAAUCUGAUUUUUUUCUUUCGUUUUAAUGAAAAAUGCACAUUCUAAAAUACGACUUUAAUUCUGAACAUGCGCAGUAAGAAAGAAAAUGGUUUUCUUAUUCUUAUUCUGAAUCUAGAGUUAACUGAUUAAGCAUGGUUAUGUUUCAUUAUAAUUCACAUUUUUCUAAUUUCUAUUGACCCUAGUCUGAGUUAUCAUGGGCACAGGGUCUACAAUGAAUUAACAAAUUUGUGAAAUGUUCAGGAUUUGAAAACUCCCUGAUCAUACUUUGAAGCAUACUAAAACUGUGCUCAAAUAGCACUUAAUAGUACAUCAAGGAGUAGACUGCAUGUGAGAAAUGUUGGUAACCUCUCAUUCUGGCAUGCCUGCACACACACACACACACAAUGUAUGAACUUUCUCCACUACCUGGGAGUAUUCGAUGUGCUUUCACCGAUUGCUUUGCUGGUAGUUAACCUCACUGUGGAUGAGAAUGGAACUCUUUGACCCCUGACCUAUGGUGUAGGUGAAAGAAAAAUCUUCAGAGAAAUAUAACCUACACUGGGCAGAAAUAAUUUAAUAUGCUCACAGGGGUAUCUAAAGAAUGUUGCCAUGAAUUUUCAGGAUUUUUAGGAGAAAAACAGUUUGUGCUAAAGAUCACUGUUCAUACCUACGUACGGACCAAAUGGCAUUUAGUAGCAUCACAAAAUCAAAAGGGCUUCUUGCCUGUAAAAGUUCAUGUAAAAGUAUUUUUAGGUUUUUAGGUUCAGAGCAAAGAGUAAUAUACAUGUAUUCUGCGAAUAUUUUCCUGUUUCCUACUGGAUUGGGGAAGUUGUUGUAGCAAGCCUAUUAUAGUAAUACUAAUAUAUGGUAAUUACUGAAAUCAAUAUUUGAUGAGUAAGACAUAGACAAAAUUUACAGCCCUCCCCCCAAAAAAACAACAAACAAACAAGUAGCCCAUUAUUGUUUAACACAGCCUGUAUUCAAGUAAAAACCUGAAAAUCCUGGCAAUUUGUGGCAACAUUCCAUAAUAACAUUUACUUUUUUUAACAACUGAAGGUUGGUCACAUAAUCCUCAUGAAAAAAAAAGCCAUCUCGGCGAAGAAUUUCAAAGAUAAUAAUUUGCACGUAGUACCACUCUGAUAUCAGUACUAGAACUCCAAUAUCUUUUUAAAGGGUUUUUUCUUGCAAAUUAUGCAAGCUAAUGAUGAAUGUACUUUCUUUUGCAUGCAAAGUUCCAACGUAUGGACCACAUGUAUUAUAAUGGAGGAAUGGUGGGAAUAGCCUCGACAAAUCCGUUCCCUCUUUUUCAAGGGGUGAACAUCAUGUUUUCUCAUCAUCUGAAUAACAAAUACUGGAUGAUGAAAAUUACAGAAUAAGUGCAAAUCUGAGAAAAAUAGUUUUUUUUUCAUGUGGAUUAUUGAGCAUUUGCAAGCGUUUGCGAGCAUUUGCUUGUAGAAUUUUGCUCCUGUUAACUUAGCUGAUCCGUGGUGUUGUCGCUAUAGUACUGUCGUAUUCAUAAAUUGAUUUUGAACAAAGAGAAUGAUCCACCUGGGGGUGGGUGUAUCAUAAAGAGAUACGAUCCAUAUAUACAAUUGAUUGUAACUUAUUUGUACAUGGUUUUCCAUAGACUGACAGUUACAUAUAAUUGUACAAUAGAUUGCCACUUUUGUUUAUGGUUUUUCAUAGACUUACAGUUACACUUCAUUGUGCAAUAGAUUGUAACUUUUUGGAUAUGGUUUUCCAUAGACUUACAGUCACGCUUAAUUGUACAAUGAGUUGUAAUUUAAACUUUUAUAUUACAGGGCCUCAGACUCCUGACUUUGUCUUCAAAAUUAAUAUUGAGGUCAUAUUUAACCAUACCUUGAAUAUAUAAAUAUAAUCAUGAUCAUAUAUCACUGUUUAUAAAGCCUUUAUGUAAAUGAAUAUUAUAUUUUAGUAUUCUUUUAAAACUUGAUUGUAAAGUACACUGUAUGCUCAUAAUAUAAUAAAGAUUAGAAUAUAUUUUUAUAUGGUUAAGCUAUUA